AGCAUCAGAAUCACCUUUGGCCACCAUCCGCACAUGUGUGAGGUUCCUGCUGGACAUUUCACAUUAUAUACUGUGACAACUGUGGAAAUCAGAUUCUCCCCUCUUAGGGUUUCUUGUUAUUGCUGUUUGUUGCAGUUGUUAUUUGUUUAGUGACUUUUCUGAACUAAUUCUUUAGCCUGUAUUCUUUAUUGUAUGUGGUCACUGAAGUCUCUGCUUAGUGGUCAGGUAAUGACUGGUUAGAGAUUUCCUUGAACACCAUGCCUGGAACCAGUAAGCCUCCUAGUCGUUGGCAAGGGGCUCUGUUUGCAUGUGGGGAACACUUUUAGUAUUCAGUCAGGUCAUUACAACUCUGCCCUUGACCUUCACUUUCUGCCUUUAAAUGAGCCGGGGGUGAGAAUGCUUAGGGCCUUCUCAGGUAUUUUCUGAACGUAUGCUCAGCUCAAUAUGGGUGACCUUUUAGAGUCCCCGAAACGUAUAGGAAUUUUUACAUUUGGCAUCUCAUUCCCCAGCUUUUCCUUUUAGGUUUUUAGUUAGUGUAUUAUUUAUCCCAACUAUUUUCCUAGGGAAAAGUCUUCUUACACUAAAUGACCUAUAAGUCAGGUAAAAUACAGACUGUCUGCAAGUUGCAUCUUCCAGUGAACCACCUGAUAGGUCAAAUCGUGAAAAUUCUUUGGGAACGAGGCUUUGAAAAAGCUCUAGCCCAUUCUAUUCCCUCCAUCUGUUUUUAAGGUUUUUAAGGCUGCUGCAGAGGGGGAGAGCAGGGGGUGGAACUAAGGCAGGUUCAAACAUUGUGGACAUUACAGUGUAGCUGUUCUUGCUGAGAUUCAGCAUUUUCUCUUGAAUGAAUCUGUGUUGCUGCAAAAGUUCUGAAAAAGUUGCUUCUGACAAGUUUCCUGUUGAUUUAAUGGAGAAAAUUUUGAGAGGUCCUUAUACCACCAGUUUUGCUGGUUCCAAGUCAUAUAUUUUAAUGCUCUCUCUUGUAUGUUUUUUCCGCCUCAAACAUGUGCAUAUUAAAUUAAAAAGUUUGUAAAUUUGGGUUGUAGGAGGCCAUGUGGAGCAGGCACCAAGUGAAGGGCUGUGGAUUGACCGGAAUGAUGCCAGCCUCUAUUAGAAGGGCCUGAGUACUUACAGGUUAUCAGCCUCCUUGGGGGUCAGGAACUGUGCCCUACCAUCCCUGAUGCUUUGUGUCUCCCAGGUUAAGGCUGCCAGGGGCUCACCUGUGCUCACAUGGAUGGGACAGAGACCCGACAGCGGAGGCCAGAGGAGCUAGGGCUGCCACACACCCUCAGCACAGGAAGACUCCCUGCAGCCUCAGAAGAUGGACCUCCGAGUGUCCCUGAGAGCCAAAGGGUGGCCACUAAACUACUGGAGACUGAACUCAGCAGGGAGACUGCCUUAUCCAUUGGCUUUCAGGUGACAGUGCCCUUCGUGCUUGCAGGCCUGGGACUGUCUGGGGCUGGCAUACUUUUGAACUAUUUCCAGGGCAAGAAGCUGCGAGGCUUCAGCUGUGAGCUUACUCGGUCCCCCCACGGGGUCUUCCUUGAGACCAGCUUUACCGUCACGUGCCAGAUUGUGGUGCCCCUUCUGCUCUCAGGCCUGGGCAUGAUGACUGCCGGCCUGGUGAUGAACACCAUCCAACACUGGCCCGUGUUCGUGGAGGUUAAAGACCUGUUGACGUUGGUGCCACCCUUAGUGGGCCUGAAGGGGAACCUGGAGAUGACACUGGCGUCACGACUCUCCACAGCUGCCAAUACCGGACAAAUCGAUGACCCCCGGGAGCAGCACAGAGUCAUCAACAGUAACCUGGCCCUCAUUCAGGUGCAGGCCACGGUCGUGGGGCUCCUGGCUGCUGUGGUUGCCCUGCUGCUGGGAGCGGCGUCUAGGGGCGAGUUAGACUUUUCAAAGGUGGAGUUGCUGUGCGCCAGCAGCGUCAUCACCGCCUUCCUCGCGGCCUUCGCUCUAGGACUGCUGAUGGUCUGUGUCGUGAUUGGUGCUCGAAAGCUUGGGGUGAACCCAGACAACAUCGCCACGCCCAUUGCAGCCAGCCUGGGAGACCUUAUCACAUUGUCCAUUCUGGCUUUCAUUAGCAGCUUCUUCUAUAAACACAAAGACAGUCGGUUUCUGACUCCCUUGGUCUGCAUCGGCUUCAUGGCCCUGACCCCGGUGUGGGUCCUCAUUGCAAAGCAGAACCCACCCAUCAUGAAGAUCCUAAAGUUCGGGUGGUUCCCAAUCAUCCUAGCAAUGGUGAUUAGCAGUUUCGGAGGGCUCAUCUUGAACAAAACCAUUUCUAAAGAGCAGUACAAAGGCAUGGCCAUAUUUACUCCCAUCAUAUGUGGUGUUGGUGGCAAUCUGGUAGCCAUUCAGACCAGCCGGAUCUCUACCUACCUGCACAUGUGGAGCACACCUGGGGUCCUACCCAUUUGGAUGAAAAAAUUCUGGCCUAACCCAUGCUCCACUUUCUGCACCUCAGAAAUUAAUUCCAUGUCAGCCCGAGUUCUGCUCUUUCUGGUGAUUCCGGGCCAUCUGAUUUUCUUCUAUGUUAUCUACCUGGUGGAAGGCCAUUCGGUCCCAAACAGCAAGACCUUUGUGGUAUUCUAUCUGCUGGCAGGCCUGAUCCAGGUGACAAUCCUGCUGUACCUGGCAGAAGUGAUGGCUCGGCUGACGUGGCACCAGGCCCUGGAUCCUGACAACCACUGUAUCCCCUACCUCACGGGGCUGGGAGACCUGCUGGGGACUGGCCUCCUAGCACUGUGCUUCCUUAUCAGCUGGCUACUGAGGAGCGAAGCAGAGCUGGAUGGCCUUUCAGAACUAGCAUCUGGACCUCCCUUAUGAGACCAGGCAGCUCCAUUUCCAAGCAAGCAGCUGGCAUCCCAGCCCCUCACCCUCUCUGCUCCACCCAGACCCAGAGCCAAUUCAGACUGAGUUGGGACCCGGACUCUACAGGCUUGGGCUUCCUAUGUCCUCAGCCUCUACCCUCACACCAGGAACCCCUGGCAUUCACUUGGUUGCCUCAGUUUCCCAGCCGGGGGCUGCUGGCCCCACCCUACACCAGAGUGGUCCUCUCCACGAGCCUGGGGUUGCUUUCUGGAGGUAAGGACAUUCCCUUCCCACAUCAGGGACGAGCUAAGGGGACAACUGAACCUUUGCUAUUAGACCCAUCAUACAAACUUUGUGUGCUUUCAGCUUCUGAGGACACAAGACACAGAGGCCUCAGGCCAUGGUGGUACGCUCAUGGCCUGAGAGAAACAUCCAUUGGUUGCCUCCCAUCUGCUCUCUGACGGGCGAGCGAUCGGACCUGAGCCUCUUUGGUAAAUGGGACAACACUCCAAUCAACGGAGCGCCUGGCUGGGGCUGGCAGGUUGCUUCUUAAACUCACUCACUAGAGGGCACAGUUAAAACUACAGGCACCCUUGUUGGAAAGAAACUGCGCCUGUAUUUUGUUCUUUCCCCCCUCUUAUUUUUACGUGCUGGUGUGCAUUCAAAUGAAAAGAAAUCCAAAAUGAUUACAAAUGAAUACAUCAGGGUUUCUGGUUUCUUUGAAAUGACUCUUCUAUCUCCAAUAGCUUUAGUGUUUUUAACUGUUUGUUUAUGAACUGACUGGAACUCUUGCUACUUGUUUGACUGUUUCUGGGGUGUUUUGUUUUUGACUAUUUCUGUUCUUAUGUGGGUUAAAAUCAAGGCCCAGAAACUGAGGCACAGUUUUAUAUUUGUCAACAGGUGGAUUUAUAUUUUUUGUCCUAAAAUACCCUGUCUCUUAAACAACUCUUUUGUAUAUUGUGUUCAUUGCUUAUAAUUUUUCC